AUGGAGAACGGUCGAACUUACCAUAAAUAUAAGGAUGGAAAAUACUGGGCGCCUAAUGAUGACAGAGAAAAUGAAAGACUGGACUUGGUACACAAUCUAUACCUCCGAACUUUCAAUGACUGUCUCGGAACUGCGCCACCCAAUGAGCCAGACUCUAAGGUCGGGCGGGUGCUUGAUGUUGGAACAGGCACUGGCAUUUGGGCUAUUGACUUCGGUGAUGAACAUCCUGACGCUGAAGUGAUUGGUGUUGAUUUAUCAGCUUCUCAGCCCAGCUUCGUUCCACCAAACGUAAGAUUCGAAAUCGACGAUAUUGAGGAAUCAUGGACUUUCUCACAGCCCUUCGACUAUAUCCACAGUCGGAUGAUGAAAGGAAGCAUCCGAGACUGGAAGAAUUUCCUCCAAAACUGCUACGACAACCUGAGUCCCGGCGGAUAUCUGGAGCUCAACGAUGUAGAUGGCUUCCCUGUUUCGGAUGACGGCACUUUAACCGAGGACUGUAGCCUUAUGAAGGCAUUCAGCUUGUGCUAUGAAGCGCUAGCCAAGCUUGGGUCACCCUUUGAAGAGUUUGGUCAUUUCGAAGCGGUUAUGGCCGAGAUUGGAUUCGAAGACAUUCACGUUCGGCGGUUCAAGUGGCCGACAAAUCCGUGGCCGAAAGACAAGAGACUUAAGGAGCUUGGCAUGUGGAACUACGAGAAUCUGGCUCCUAACCUAGACGGACUCCUAAUGGCACCCUUGACGCGAGGCUUGGACUGGAGCAAAUCGGAAGUUCACGUGCUUGCGAUGGAAGCUCGCAAGGACUUUGCUGAUAGGAGGAUCCAUGCUUACUUCAACAUCUGGUCGAUCCAUGGAAGAAAGCCUUUGAAGGGCAGCGAGCGCAAAUGA